UGUGUUGCCCGAGCCACAAGAAACCGAGCAGCUGCAGCGUGCGAAUGAUUCGCCCCGCGCACCGCUCGAUGAGCCACCCCUGACAAAGGAGGGGCUGGAGUCGGAAGAGGAGGCCGCACACCAACUGAUGGCGGAGGAUGAAUCCGAAGCCAUGACGGCGGCGUUGGGUGAGGCCUCCGGCAAGCCAGAGGCAGCAGAAUUGCAACGGCAGCUUGAUGCGCUUCGCCGGCAGAAGGACAAGCUGCGACUGCAGCUUAGGGAGGCGCGCCGUGGACAGGAGAAGCUGGACAUCCUGCGUCGACACAACGAGGAUCUGCAGUCUAGGCUAAAUGAUGCGCGCCGUGGACAGGAGAAGCUGGAUGCCCUGCAGCGACACAAUGAGGAGUUGCAGUCGCAACUGUGUGAGGCGCGUCGUGCGGAGGAGGCGUUGGAGGAUGCCCGCCGCCAAACCAGGCAGUCGCAGAGGCAGGUUGAGGAUUUGCGCCGCUCUGAGAAGCGCCUGAGGGAGGCUUGUGAAGCCACUAGGGCAAGGGAAGAGGCGCUGAUGCAGAAACUGCGUGCAGCCGAAAAUGCGAUUGCUGUGGCGAGGAAACAUGAGGAUGCCGUAAAGCAGAAGGCACGCGGCAUCAUAAAUGCGGUGAAAACAGAGUACCAGCGACAACCAUUUGUGUUGCCCGAGCCGCAAGAAACCGAGCAACUGCAGCGUGCGAAUGAUUCGCCCCGCGCACCGCUCGAUGAGCCACCCCUGACAAAGGAGGGGCUGGAGUCGGAGGAGGAGGCCGCACACCAAUUGGUGGAGGAGGAUGAAUCCGAAGCCAUGACGGCGGCGUUGGGUGAGGCCUCCGGCAAGCUAGAGGCAGCAGAAUUGCAACGGCAGCUUGAUGCGCUUCGCCGGCAGAAGGACAAGCUGCGACUGCAGCUGAGGGAGGCGCGUCGCGGACAGGAGAAGCUGGACAUCCUGCGCCGACACAACGAAGAUUUGCAGUCUAGGCUAAAUGAUGCGCGUCGCGGACAGGAGAAGCUGGAUGCCCUGCAGCGACACAAUGAGGAGUUGCAGUCGCAAUUGUGUGAGGCGCGUCGUGCGGAGGAGGCGUUGGAGGAUGCCCGCCGCCAAACCAGGCAGUCGCAGAGGCAGGUUGAGGAUUUGCGCCGCUCUGAGAAGCGCCUGAGGGAGGCUUGUGAAGCCACUAGGGCAAGGGAAGAGGCGCUGAUGCAGAAACUGCGUGCAGCCGAAAAUGCGAUUGCUGUGGCGAGGAAACACGAGGAUGCCGUAAAGCAGAAGGCACGCGGCAUCAUAAAUGCGGUGAAAACGGAGUACCAGCGACAACCAUUUGUGUUGCCCGAGCCACAAGAAACCGAGCAGCUGCAGCGUGCGAAUGAUUCGCCCCGCGCACCGCUCGAUGAGCCACCCCUGACAAAGGAGGGGCUGGAGUCGGAAGAGGAGGCCGCACACCAACUGAUGGCGGAGGAUGAAUCCGAAGCCAUGACGGCGGCGUUGGGUGAGGCCUCCGGCAAGCCAGAGGCAGCAGAAUUGCAACGGCAGCUUGAUGCGCUUCGCCGGCAGAAGGACAAGCUGCAGUCUACGCUUAGGGAGGCGCGCCGUGGACAGGAGAAGCUGGAUGCCCUGCAGCGACACAAUGAGGAGUUGCAGUCGCAACUGUGUGAGGCGCGUCGUGCGGAGGAGGCGUUGGAGGAUGCCCGCCGCCAAACCAGGCAGUCGCAGAGGCAGGUUGAGGAUUUGCGCCGCUCUGAGAAGCGCCUGAGGGAGGCUUGUGAAGCCACUAGGGCAAGGGAAGAGGCGCUGAUGCAGAAACUGCGUGCAGCCGAAAAUGCGAUUGCUGUGGCGAGGAAACACGAGGAUGCCGUAAAGCAGAAGGCACGCGGCAUCAUAAAUGCGGUGAAAACGGAGUACCAGCGACAACCAUUUGUGUUGCCCGAGCCACAAGAAACCGAGCAGCUGCAGCGUGCGAAUGAUUCGCCCCGCGCACCGCUCGAUGAGCCACCCCUGACAAAGGAGGGGCUGGAGUCGGAAGAGGAGGCCGCACACCAACUGAUGGCGGAGGAUGAAUCCGAAGCCAUGACGGCGGCGUUGGGUGAGGCCUCCGGCAAGCCAGAGGCAGCAGAAUUGCAACGGCAGCUUGAUGCGCUUCGCCGGCAGAAGGACAAGCUGCGACUGCAGCUUAGGGAGGCGCGCCGUGGACAGGAGAAGCUGGACAUCCUGCGUCGACACAACGAGGAUCUGGUUCCUUUUUUUUCUAGUGAUGUCGAUUCUUCAAGUGAAGGUGAUGUCAACGCUUUGCUUGGCUCGAUUGAUGUUGUUAUGAGGAAUGAUUUUUCGUUGGAUGAUUCACUUUCUGAUAUGGAUCUUUAUGGACUUUGUAUGAAUUUGGCACGCCUUGUCCUGAGAUUGCGUGAGCGUGUGUGUGUCCAGAGGGAGGCGUUGAAAAGGUACUUUGAGUGCCAGGAUCGCUUGCGUGAGUCUAAUGAGAUGCGUAUAAGGAGGCUGGAGGAGGAAUUUGAGGAUUUACUUAAGGAUGUAAGAAGGAGAGAUAAGAGGGAAUAA